CGAGCGCGACGGCCGCCCUUCCCGACAGGCGCCGCGGCUGACCUCCGACCCCGCGGCCGCCCCUCCCGGCGUCCCGCGUCCCGCGGCUGCUCGGGCUCCGCGGGGCGAGCCGGGGAGGCGCCUGUCCGCCCUGCGCGCCUCGGGCCCGAGCCGGGGGCCUCCGGGCGGCGGCGGAUUCAAGAUGACCAACGAGGAACCUCUUCCCAAAAAGGUUCGACUGAGUGAAACAGACUUCAAGGUUAUGGCACGAGAUGAGUUGAUUCUAAGGUGGAGGCAGUAUGAAGCGUACGUGCAGGCUCUGGAGGGCAAGUACACGGACCUGAACUCUAAUGAUGUGACUGGCCUGAGGGAGUCCGAAGAAAAGCUGAAGCAGCAGCAGCAGGAGUCGGCGCGCAGGGAGAACAUCCUUGUCAUGCGGCUGGCCACCAAGGAGCAGGAGAUGCAGGAGUGCACUACUCAAAUCCAGUACCUCAAGCAAGUCCAACAGCCCAGUGUUGCCCAACUGAGAUCAACCAUGGUAGACCCGGCGAUCAACUUGUUUUUCCUAAAAAUGAAAGGUGAACUGGAACAGACAAAAGACAAACUGGAACAAGCCCAAAAUGAACUGAGUGCCUGGAAGUUUACGCCUGAUAGCCAAACAGGCAAAAAGUUAAUGGCAAAGUGCCGAAUGCUCAUCCAGGAGAACCAGGAGCUUGGAAGGCAGCUGUCCCAGGGCCGCGUCGCACAGCUUGAAGCAGAGCUGGCUUUACAGAAGAAGUAUAGUGAGGAGCUUAAAAGCAGUCAGGAUGAGCUGAAUGACUUCAUCAUUCAACUGGACGAAGAAGUAGAGGGCAUGCAGAGCACCAUUCUAGUUCUGCAGCAGCAGCUGAAGGAGACUCGCCAGCAGCUGGCUCAGUACCAGCAGCAGCAGGCUCCGGCCUCGGGCCCCGGCGGCAGCGGUGGCGGCGGCGGCGGCAGGACCACCUCCUCAUCCUCCUCCUCGUCCUCGUCCUCGUCCUCGUCCUCCUCCUCCGAGCCGGAGGCUCCGGGGAAGGACUGCGGCCGGCUGGCCAACGGCCCAAGCAACGGCAGCUCCUCCCGCCAGCGGACGCCUGGGUCUGGCUUUCACAGGGAGGGUGACGCGGCCGAGGAGGACUCAGCGGGCCCCCCGGGCAACGGCGCGAAGGCCCCCAGCGGCCCGGAGGAUCGGACGGCGGGCAGAGGCGGCGGCGGCGGCUGGGCGAACCCGCUGAGCGCAGGCUACGAGAGCGUGGACUCUCCCACGGGCAGCGAGAGCUCCCUCACGCACCACUCGCACCACACAGACUCCAACCCGGAGCCCCCCGAGGAGAAGGUGGCAAGCGGGAAGGGGAACCGAACUGCGGGCGCCCGCCACGUGCAGAACGGCUUGGACUCCGCCGUCAGCGUGCAGGGCUCGGUCUUGUAAUGUUUGGUUCUCUGUUUCGGUUCGUUGUUCUUUGUCCUGUUUGUUUUUUCCAGCAAGUUUUUCUACAGUGUCGUUUAGUUGGGGAGAGGCUACUGUCCAGAAAACGAGCGCAUACUUUGUCACAGCUUGCCUCCCCUCCCCUCCCCUUCCCUCCCUUGCAGGUGUGUGUUUUGCUUUUUGUUUUUUUUUUUCUUCCCUUCUCCCCUGCCCCCUUCUCUUCUCGGCUUCUGUGCCUCUGCCCCUUUGGAAAUUGGAACAGUUAAUUUGAAUGUUGCUAAAAGGACAUUUUGUGUAGGGUCGAGUUAUUUUUCUAUGAGUUAAUGUGAAGCUGUAAAUGGAAACCUUUCCCUCCGGUAUAAGUAACAGUGCCGUCUGUACAGAUCUGUGUUUCCAGCCCCCGUGCCGUGUCGUGCCGUGGAAGGGCGCCCUGCUCCGCUCCCCUCCCGCUCCUGCUCCCGCUCCCCUCCCUGCUGUCAGUAGACUCCAGCAGGCCAGCUUGCCCGGGACAGUCGCUUCGUCACUCAGCAUUGGCCUCGUGCAGGCAGGGAGUGGGUCCCAGUAGUCUCAGUGUUAGAUAGUUUCCCACCACACAUCUGUGCAUUUUCUCUUUAGGUGACUGAAUGUUUAAAAAAAAAAACAAAAAAACCAACCCCGUGUGCAUAGUUACCCUCGAUUAUCCUCGGUUUUGAUGAACUGUUGUACCCUGUUGAUGCAAGUUGCUCUGUGACCCCAGUAUAUAUCUUCCCUGUACUGACCAAACCUAAAUAAAGAUUUUUAUUGUA